CGCAGGGGAGGAGGCUGAUCGCCCGGGGAGCCAGAGCAGAACAGAGGAGGAGAGAGAGGAGACCGACCCUCCCUCCCUGCCUCCCCUCUGUUCUUGCUCCUCCUCCUCUGUUUCCGGUCUCCCGGUCCCGGGCUGGUCCGCCGCCUCCGUGGAGCCGUAAGCAGCUGCUUGGUCCGCCGUUCCGAGGCGGCCAGCGGGGCGGCAGACAUGGGGUGCGCGGCGUCGAGGCACGGGGCGGUGUCCUCUCCGCCGUACGAUGUGUCGUCGUCGUGCUCCUACAACAUGUCCCGCAGCGCGUCGGCGUCGGCGGACCUAGGCUCGUCGUCCGCGCUGUCGAUAUGGAGCCGGCCAGUGCGGCUGGAGGCGUUCGACGAGGAGGACGACGAGCGGCGGCGGCUGUCGGGGAGGGAUGCGGCGGCGCGGUUGGGGAACGUCCGGCGGUGCAUGGAGGGCGAGCAGGCGGCUGCCGGGUGGCCGUCGUGGCUGAGCGCGGUGGCCGCCGAGGCCGUGCACGGGUGGGUGCCGCUUCGCGCUGAGAGCUUCGAGAGGCUGGAGAAGAUCGGGCAGGGCACGUACAGCAGCGUGUUCCGGGCGCGGGAGCUGGCCACGGGCCGGCUGGUGGCGCUCAAGAAGGUGCGGUUCGACAGCGUGGAGCCCGAGAGCGUGCGGUUCAUGGCGCGGGAGAUCCUCAUCCUCCGCCGCCUCCGUGGCCACCCCAACGUUGUCGGCCUCGAGGGCAUCAUCACCUCCCGCUCCUCUCCCUCCAUCUACCUCGUCUUCGAGUACCUCGAGCACGACCUGGCCGGCCUCAGCUCCUCCCCCGACAUCACCUUCACCGAGCCCCAGAUCAAGUGCUACAUGCGACAGCUGCUGGAGGGGCUGGCGCACUGCCAUGCGCGCGGGGUGAUGCACCGGGACAUCAAGUGCGCCAACCUGCUGGUGAACAACAGCGGCGAGCUCAAGGUGGCGGACUUCGGGCUGGCGAACCUCUUCGCGCCGGCGCCGGCGGCGCCGCUCACCAGCCGGGUGGUCACGCUCUGGUACCGCCCGCCGGAGCUGCUCCUGGGCGCCACGGCGUACGAGCCCUCCGUCGACCUCUGGAGCGCCGGCUGCGUCUUCGCGGAGAUGCACGCGCGCCGGCCCGUCCUGCAGGGCCGCACCGAGGUCGAGCAGAUCCACAGGAUCUUCAAGCUCUGUGGCUCGCCGCCCGAAGACUUCUGGCGCCGCUUGGGGCUCUCCCACGGCGCCGUCUUCCGCCCGCAGCAACCUUACCCGAGCCGCCUCCGGGACACCUUCGCCGCGUCCAUGCCCGACCACACGUUCCGCCUCCUCGCCACGCUCCUCUCCCUCGACCCUGCCGGCCGUGGCACCGCCGCCGCCGCCCUCGACGCCGAGUACUUCACGACGGCGCCAUACGCGUGCGAGCCGGAGAGCCUGCCCAAGUACGCGCCCAACAAGGAGAUGGACGCUAAGCUCCGAGAAGAAUCUAGAAGGAGGAGCAACCUUCCGAGCCAAGGCGGCGAGGCGGAUAAGGGUCUGUCGAGGGGGCACAAGAGCAUGCGGCUGCAGGACACGAACCAGAGCCACGUGCACGCCGAGGAAUCGCUGCCCGUUGUGGCCGAAAACGGGGUGACAAUGGCGGGGAACGACGGCGACUCGCGGCUGUUCGUCGACCUGGAGCCCGUUCCGGCCAUCAGCAAGCGGCACGGCGGCAGCGUCGGCGGCGACCACGCGGCGCCGUGCGCCAGGGCUAGGACCAUGUCCACCAGCUUCAAGGAGCCGCCUUGUGUCGCCGAACACCUCCCUCUCUCUGGCCCCGUGCAGCUCGCGGCGUCCACCGGCUUCUCCUGGGCCAAGAAGCCCCGGCCCGACGCCACGACGGCGGCGGUAACUGUGACGAUGCGGAGCGGCUCCAUGGGGCCAGGGACCAACAGGAACAACAACAGCGGAGGAGGAGACGGAGCAAGAACCACCUCCGGCUCCGGCGCCACCGCCACCGCCACAGCAGCGGCGGCACCAUACGAGGCGGAGAAGCAGGAGGUGAUCAAGCAGUGGGCACAGGUCGCUGACGCCUUCAGCGCCUCUGAAGCUUACAACAGCAGGUUGAGGCAGACGCUUGACGCCAAGCAGCUCAAGACUGGAAUGAUGCACAAGGGGAAGGUGAACAGGGUGGACUUCUCAGGGCCGCUGCUGUCGCAGCCCCGGCGCAUCGACGAGCUCCUGCACAUCCACGAGCAGCAGAUCCGGCAAGCUGGUCGCCGGCCAUGGUUCAUGAAAGGCACCGAGGAGGAGGAGCACUGAUGGCAGAGACACGGCAUGGACACAACUAAACGCCCAUCAGAUUUGCACGUACUUACCACAGAGCAAGAGAAGAUGCUGGAAACAUAUCAAAGGAGUUGGACCGUGAGCUAGCUCUCCUGAUGAGCAGGUGUUUUUUCAGGGCCGGGGACAGACAAACGAGUCGGCCUCAUGCCAUCAGGGAAGAGCUCAGAUGGAAGCUGCUGUAGUGGUUUUCAGGUUUCAUGCAACCAGAAUUUGCUCUACGCCUCUACCUGAACUAGACAACAAUGUUGUUGUUGUUGGUGUUGUAUAAGAUCUUUUUGUGCUCGCUUGUGAUGAUAAUAUGCAUGACAAGCUCCAAAAUGUGGUUUCCAAUUUAC